GAAGCCGAAAAACUCGGCUUCUGUUUUGGGAGUUUUGAUGUCAUUUUUGGUUUUAAUAAAACCCCCUCAAACUCAAUGGUCCCGUGGCUGUGACCAUGAGUGAAAAGACGUCUGAAGCAUCUGAGGAGGGUGAUGAAACUAAAGAGGAUCAAAUGCAAUCCAGUGGUUCAGAAAUGAAAAUGUUGUUUGGAGAGGAGGAUCAUCUUGAACACCCUACCACAUCUUCAUCUAAUGUACCCAAGAAUUUACCAACAGAAGGUGACAUGUCAUUGAAUGCGGGACCCGAGUGCAGAGAGUCGAAGCAAGAAACUUCUUCUUCUUCUUCUUCUUCUUCUUCUUCACUCCCUACUCCAAGUCAUCAAUACCCAGCUGUUCAUACAUCACCAAAUCCAAACUUCAGUUUUGGGUUCAUGCCACCAAUGAUUGGAAGCCAAGUUACAUCUUUUGAAAACACCAAGUCUCAGGCACACGAUGCUUCUCAUGUCCCAAGCUUUGUAGUUCAGCAACCGUUUGAUCCAGCAAGCUAUUAUGCUCACUUUUAUCGUGAGAGUGAUGGGCGCAUGUCACCUUUCCACUCAACCACAAAGAACAAUUGA